UAAUACGUGUACACAAAUAUAAAGGAAUGGAGGAAAUUAGGGGUUGGUUGUUGAAGUUUUCUUCCAGUCCAGAGAAGAGAAGAUGUUCACCACCGCAGGAAAGCCUCCAGCUUUAGUUGAAGAUAACACAAGGCAGCUGUGGAGCACCACUACAUGAACUCUAAUGGCUGUUUGCACAUGUUUAGACCUCUGUGGUUAAUACAGAUACAUGCAUGCACCUUCAGUCAUACUGUAAAUGUUUGCAAUGACACUUCAUAAGCAGAAUGGGAAUUACAUCUUUGUCAUGUGAAGAACCCACCUUGCAGUCACACAAGUACUUUUACAAUAAAGAUUUGGAGAGAAGCUGCAAGUCAGUGACACCUCUUCUUCCUAGAGCAGCGUCAGGUGGUGUUAGGGCAGAGAUAACUCUUAGUGACGACUCAGCCACUAUUGUUUCACUGGUUUAAGUGUCCGAUAUGAUGAACCUACAUUCUACAUGUAGCUCAGUGAUCUUCGGACAUAAUAAUGGAAAUGAAGGGUCGAUCUUUAACCACCAGUUUGCAUUAUCGUAAGAUAAAUGCAAAUUAUAGUAAAUGAAACUGUUGAUAUUUUUGUGAGGAACAUCAACUAUGAAGAGAGCACAGUUUAGAACCCUACUUUAUGUAGUUGUCUUUAUGUACCUGAUGACAUUCUGUGUCGUUCUUCCCAUUGCCUGCUGGAAUCUUCCAUUCUCUCGUUAUUACUUUCAUCACAAGAGAACAGAAUCACUUGAACGAGCAGUCGCAAAGGAUGUUGCUAAGGGUCAAGCUGCAGAUACUUACUUUUCACAACUGAACCAGAUUGAGUCUUUAGCAUUUCAUGCCGAGGCUUUACAGAGCUCUUCUCCCAAGUAUGCGAUAGGUAUUAUCACCGUCAAACGUCAAUCUUCUGAGUUUGAGACAUACCAUCCACGAUAUCUUUCACGGGUUGUUGCAGAAUUUGACAGAUUAUUGAAAAUAUCUAAUCGAAAAGACAUCAUUCUGUUUAUAUGCAACGCUCAAACAGAUCCAAACGACCAUCAGGAGGCACAAAAUCUUACCAAAUACGUGACUUCAGUGGGGAAGAUAAAAAACGUCCGAAAAGAACUUACCCCUUAUUCCAAAAUCCGCGAGCAGGAAAAGAAGGAUUAUGUGUUCUGCAUGAAUGAAAUCCGGAAGUUCAAUGCAGAAUAUUCAAUCUUAGUUCAAGACGAUGCCGUUCCUUAUCCUCAAUUCAUCUCCAGGAUCGAUCGCCUUAUGGAAACUCAUAUUGAAAACAAAAUUACUAGGGGUCAGAUUCAGCCGAACUACGAAAAAUGGGUGGCUGUUAAAUUUUAUUUUCCUGAAAAGUGGCAAGGGUUCGGAAACGAAAGACCUCUAAUAAUAGAGUUUAUUGCUGGUGCUUUAUUUGGUGGAGGAGUUUUAUAUGGGCUGUGUAGACUAUUUUGCAACUCUUACAUUAGUUUUUCUCAGAGUACUGUAAUAUUUAUUGUAUUUUGCACGUAUUGUGGUCUUGCAAUGUUUAUAGUUGGCAGGCCGUACCUAAUGAUGUUACGUAGGUUUUCAGUCGACUUGCAUGGAGUCCGUGGGGCCCCAGAGUGCUGCAUACCGGCGGUACUGUACAAGUCGAAUGCACUGCCAGAUAUUCAACAACAUCUCAAGAUGAUAACAUGCACAGUAAAGAAUCCCCUGGAUGUUGCAAUAAGUAGAUUUUUUCAAUCUAGGAAUGAGAAGCAGUAUUUAGUAAUGCCAAACCUCUUCAACCACAUUGGGUUGUUCUCAUCACUUCAUCCUCAAGCUAAAAGUCCGCAUGAAUUUAUGGGCUAAAACCAUAGAGUUCUAUAUAAGAACUAGAGGGCGCACUGACCUAUAUACGCGACCCGGCAUGCGCGCAGGUGGCCAUUUUCUUAAUUGACAAAACUGGCAUCGUACAGCGUGUUUGUGCGGCCAUUUUGUAAGUUGACGAAACAGCAUUGCGUAACGUUCAAUAAACACGAACUCCAACGUGUGUUUCAUAUUAAAAGCACGUACAGAAUGACGCGCGCAUGUCUCCUUGCGAUCCCAGCGCAUUUGUGCAAGAAGCAUCAUCAGUGCGCCCUCUAGUUCUUAUAUAUAACUCUGGCUAAAACUAACUACAACACAGUUAUUAUAAAUAACUAAAUCUUUGCAACUAGUGUGACUAGUGUCAAAGUCGCGCCUAUUGAAUGCUUAGUCGAAGGGCGACUACCGUUUUUCAACUUCUCGGUUACAACUUUUUGUAAUAUUUAUUGUAAGCAUUCUAUCAUUGAUCAAGUACAUUUGUUUCAUUCAGUUACAGUAUGCCAACCUCCUGGAAAUAGUUUUUUAAAGAAAUAAUUCAAGUGCACUUAUAAUUUUUAUAUAAAGACCGUGUUAAAACUAAUGGAAGAUUAGCCAUCCAAAACUAUUAAUGAAAUACCAAUUUCCAUUUGGAGGAUUGGGAUACUGUGGGUGAAGGGAGGGGGGGGAGGGUAAACAACAGCCAUAAUAUUACUCAAAAUAUUUUUUAGCAUAAAACCUUACUUAUUAGUAAAGAGUUAUGGGGUGAGGUUGAUUGUAUAAAACAAUGUGACACUAACGGCUCCCUCUGAAGUGACGUAGUUUUAGAGAAAAAAGUAA